UGACCUAGUUGAAAAAGAUGUGCCAUCGAUGAUUUUGGUGCUGCCAGUGAUUUUCUGGUCGAACGAAUAUUGUUGUAGGUGUCUGUUGCGACGCGGACCUUCACUGCUCGAAAAUGCACUCGUCAGUUGCGGAGGCUGGGGUGCCGUUGGUUUCGGGUACGGGAGGCGAUGGGUUCGUCGCGUGGUGGGAGCCAGAGCCGUGAUAUGUUUGUCCGUUUCUUGAAAGCGGCGGCGAGCCGCGUGUUCUCCGGCCGACCCGGUCGGCUCCGCUCGCUGGACGUGCGCGACGUCAGCUGGAUCAGCCACCAUGCCUGCAUCUCGCCGGCGGCGCUCGUAAUGGCCAUGGUCUACCUGGAGCGGCUGGCCGUUCUCCGGCCCGACUACCUGCAGCGCACGCACCCCAAGCAGCUGUUCGUCACGUCCGCGCUGACCGCUAGCAAGUUCUUGUACGACGACGGCGAGCGGGAGCAGGUGUUCAAUGACGAGUGGGCCGCCUCGGCCGGGCUGAGUGUGACCGAGCUCAACGCAGCCGAGAUCGACUUCCUCUCCGCCAUGAACUGGGAACUGUUCGUGUCGCCGGACUGCUUCGCCAACAUGCUUUCCCGCGUGGAGGCGGCCGCCGCGCUGGCCGAGUCGUCGCGGCGCGGCUGGCUGACAUACGCCGACCUGCUGGCCGUCGGGGGCGUUUCCAACCUGCAGUUUACGCUCACCCUGCUGCGCGACGCCCUACUCAAGGUGGUGGCCGUGUGCUCGGUGGCGUACCUGGCUUCGGUCCUCACGCUGAUGAGCUCCGUACUACUGGUAUUCCACGCGCCGGCGCCCAGCUCGCCGCCGCCGCCGCCGCCGGCCGUGUUCGUCGCCCGACCGGCGGCCGAGGCGCCCCGUUCUCCGGGUGCGCUCGUGGGGCAGCUGUGCGCGGCCGCCGCCUCCUCCAGCCUGCUGCUGCUGGCCGGGCUAGCGCCGCUGACCGACCAGCAGCCGGACGACCAGCAGACCGCCGGUGGCGACGCGGAUCGUCCCGACGGCCGCCAGCGGCUGGACCAUCCGGACGCCGACGGACACGACGCCGAACGGCGCGAACCGGCAGGCGAAGUUCCGAUCGCCGACGACAGGUGGCUGAUGGAUGGGCUGAACGAAUCGUGGGCGGGCCUGCGCAAUCCGCUUCCCGACCGAAUUCCCUGGAAGCCGAACAGCGCCGACUCCUCCCAGCGGCGUGCUCUCGCGCCAGCCACGAUCGCGCACAGCCGGUGGGUGUGGAACCCGAGAAACGAAACCGAACCCAGUCGAAUCACGUGCUCCUGGACGGGGACCGCCGGCUGGCUGGGCCUGGGGAUGGGCGCGGUGGCAGUGGGCAGCUGACGGCUUCUCGAAGACGUCCCUGACGCACGGAUCUGACUCGCAGAACCCUACGAAUGGAUGAUUUGUGCCCUUGGGUGGUCCUGGCCCUUGUCUUGUCCUGCUGCAAAAGGCUUGUGACUCAGUUGUUCUUUUGGGCUGCUGGCAAUCCACGUUCUGUCGUGUUUUGAGCUGUUCCAAACAAGGAUUUUGAUUCUCCUGAUUGUUAAAACUUUAACUUGUUAAUAUGUUUUUGUUGCAUGCCACACUUUGUUUAAAAUUUAUGCUACUUGGUGCCACGGAUUGUCCGUUGCUGCUGUUGCCACUACUUUUUCCUGAAUGAAUGGCCUGACAUGUUUGUUUUGACCACGCCACGUGUAACUGUUGGGAGUGCUGUUCAUUGUGGCUCUAAGGCCCGACUCAGACACGAACUACACUUGAGCGACUGGUGUGUUUACAAGUGAGGCUCAACCACGAAGGUACACAUAGACAUCGAUAGUGUUCCGUGACGUACGUAGGACGAAUGCUUAAUUGUCUGACCUGUUCAAAGAAUUUUCUGGCGGCGUUUGUAAUCCAACUGUGACUCAUGAAAACACCUGUGAUGCUUUUAACCCUGCUGCGUUGUUUCAUAAAUACUUUGGUUUUCACCUUUUCGUUCGGCCAUUUCAGGCCAUGCAUAGUUGGAGUAAACCGUUCAGUACAAUUUACAGUAGUUAUUCCUCCGAACUUAUUUGACCCACUGCGGACAGCUGUCGAUCGGUGCCGGCUGCCGGGGUGACGUGUCGUGCGACUGAUGUCGUGUCCCUCCCGUGCCAACUGAUCCGCCUAUUCGGCGCGAGCUAUCUUGAUGUAUUUCCAUUGGACUGGAACAGAGCCGGCUGGAAUGGUUGCUAUGCCUUCGAACUCGCUGCGGCGCGUAAUGAUCGUGAACGCUGGAGUUUGGUACGAUGCCCACAAUCGCGCAAGGAUUAAGACCCGAUUCGGAGUGCUUUGGCGCAAUACAUCUUGAAAUUUCUA